AUGGAUCGUAUCAAUAAUUUAACCAAGAAAAGAACCAUUCUGUUCAACAAAUACGAGAUAGUGAUUAAGAAGGAGAAGCUCAAGAAAGAGAGGCUUAUGAAACAAAUCAAACGCGAAGUUUUUGUUAUGAGUCUCGUUCGUCAUCCUCACAUUGUUGAGUUGAAAGAGGUUAUGGCGAACAAAGCCAAAGUGUUCAUGGUCGUUGAAUACGUCAAAGGCGGCGAGCUUUUCGCCAAAGUUGCCAAAGGGAAUAUGAAAGAGGAGAUUGCGAGGAAGUAUUUUCAACAACUGAUUAGUGUUGUUGAUUUCUGUCAUAGUCGCGGUGUUACGCAUCGUGAUUUGAAGCCGGAGAACCUGUUGUUGGAUGAGAAUGAAGAUCUCAAGGUUUCGGAUUUUGGAUUGUCGGUGUUGCCGGAUCAACGAAGAUCCGAUGGGAUGCUUGUUACGCCGUGUGGGACUCCGGCGUACGUUGCGCCGAAGGUUUUGAAGAAGAUUGGAUAUGAUGGAUCGAAGGCUGAUAUUUGGUCUUGUGGUGUGAUUCUGUAUGCUUUGCUCUGUGGAUAUUUGCCUUUUCAAGGGGAGAAUGUGAUGAGGAUUUAUAGUAAAUCUUUUAAAGCGGAUUAUGCUUUGCCGGAAUGGAUUUCGCCGGGGGCCAAGAAAUUGAUUAAGAAUUUUCUUGUUGUUGAUCCUGAAAAGAGGUUUUCGAUUGUUGAUAUUAUGAAAGAUCCUUGGUUUCAAGUAGGGUUUAUGAGACCUAUUGCUUUUUCGAUGAAGGAAUCUGCUGUGGAUGAUAACAUUGAUUUUAGUGGUGAUGAUGAAGGGAAUUGCGAUGGGAGUAAUGCUGAGGCUGUGGCUGGGAUCGGUACCAAACAUGCCAGGAGGCCGUCUUAUAAUGCGUUUGAGAUCAUUUCGUCCUUGUCGCAUGGAUUUGAUUUGAGGAAUUUGUUUGAGACUAGGAAGAGAUCGCCGUCCAUGUUUAUAUCGAAAUUGUCCGCCUCCACGGUGAAGGUUCAGAUUUCCUUUUGCUUCUUUUAUUUUUCUUUUUCACAAUUUAUUGUUUAUCGCGUUUGA